AUGGGGCGCGUCCUCCAAAUAGCAAGGGCCCAAAGAGCUCAGACGGUAGCAUGCCUGACUUCCACGCAGACCCAGAAGCAAGACGAUCCUCCGGAAGACAAGCUGAGGAAAAAGCAAAAUUUAUUUUGCCAAAUCGAACAACCAAUCUCUGGAAAUAAAGCCGAUGAUCUAACCCAGAAGCAAGAGGAUCCUCCGGAAGACAAGCUGAGGAAAAAGCAAAAUUUAUUUUGCCAAAUCGAACAACCAAUCUCUGGAAAGAAAGCCGAUGAUCUAACCCAGAAGCAAGACGAUCCUCCGGAAGGCAAGCUGAGAAAAAAGCAAAAUUUAUUUUGCCAAACCGAACAACUAAUCUCUGGAAAGAAAGCCGAUGAUCUAACCCAGAAGCAAGACGAUCCUCCGGAAGACAAGCUGAGGAAAAAGCAAAAUUUAUUUUGCCAAAUCGAACAACCAAUCUCUGGAAAGAAAGCCGAUGAUCUAACCCAGAAGCAAGACGAUCCUCCGGAAGACAAGCUGAAGAAAAAGCAAAAUUUAUUUUGCCAAACCGAACAACUAAUCUCUGGAAAGAAAGCCGAUGAUCUAACCCAGAAUCAAGACGAUCCUCCGGAAGACAAGCUGAGGAAAAAGCAAAAUUUAUUUUGCCAAAUCGAACAACCAAUCUCUGGAAAGAAAGCCGAUGAUCUAGUUUGUAUGGCUCUGUGGAUAGACACGCAAACAAUGAAGGGACAUAAUUACAAGACCCAGAAGCAAGACCAUCCUCCGGAAGACAAGCUGAGGAAAAAGCAAAAUUUAUUUUGCCAAAUCGAACAACCAAUCUCUGGAAAGAAAGCCGAUGAUCUAACCCAGAAGCAAGACGAUCCUCCGGAAGACAAGCUGAGGGAAAAGCAAAAUUUAGUUUGCCAAAUCGAACAACCAAUCUCUGGAAAGAAAGCCGAGGAUCUAGUUUGUUUGGCUCUGUGGAUAGACACGCAUACAUUGAAGGGACAGAAGCUACUCUUUCAGCUAAUAACAAUUCCUUUUUUGGUUUUCGAGAGAGCAACUAAUGCUAAUCGACAACCAGCACAACCAGUCCCUGGAAAGAGAGCCAAUGAUCAAACCCAGAAGCAAGACGAUCCUCCGGAAGACAAGCUGAGGAAAAAGCAAAAUUUAUUUUGCCAAAUCGAACGACCAAUCUCUGAAAAGAAAGCCGACGAUCUAACCCAGAAGCAAGACGAUCCUCCGGAAAACAAGCUGAGGGAAAAGCAAAAUUUAGUUUGCCAAAUCGAACAACCAAUCUCUGGAAAGAAAGCCGAUGAUCUAACCCAGAAGCAAGACGAUCCUCCGGAAGACAAGCUGAGCAAAAAGCAAACUUUAUUUUGCCAAAUCGGACAACCAAUCUUUGAAAAGAAAGCCGAUGAUCUAACCCAGAAGCAAGACGAUCCUCCGGAAGACAAGCUGAGCAAAAAGCAAACUUUAUUUUGCCAAAUCGGACAACCAAUCUUUGAAAAGAAAGCCGAUGAUCUAACCCAGAAGCAAGACGAUCCUCCGGAAGACAAGCUGAGGAAAAAGCAAAAUUUAGAUUGCCAAAUUGAACAACCAAUCUCUGGAAAGAAAGCCGAUGAUCUAGUUUGUUUGGCUCUGUGGAUAGACAUGCAUACAUUGAAGGGACACCCAGAAGCAAGACGAUCCUCCGGAAGACAAGCUGAGGAAAAGCAAAAUUUAUUUUGCCAAAUCGAACCAAUCUCUGGAAAGAAAGCCGAUGAUCUAGUUUGUAUGGCUCUGUGGAUAGACACGCAUACAUUGAAGGGACAUAAUUACAAGACCCAGAAGCAAGACCAUCCUCCGGAAGACAAGCUGAGGAAAAAGCAAAAUUUAUUUUGCCAAAUCGAACAACCAAUCUCUCGAAAGAAAGCCGAUGAUCUAACCCAGAAGCAAGACGAUCCUCCGGAAGACAAGCUGAGGAAAAAGCAAAAUUUAUUUUGCCAAAUCGAACAACCAAUCUCUCGAAAGAAAGCCGAUGAUCUAACCCAGAAGCAAGACGAUCCUCCGGAAGACAAGCUGAGGAAAAAGCAAAAUUUAUUUUGCCAAACCGAACAACUAAUCUCUGGAAAGAAAGCCGAUGAUCUAACCCAGAAACAAGACGAUCCUCCGGAAGACAAGCUGAGGAAAAAGCAAAAUAUAUUUUGCCAAACCGAACAACCACUCUCUGGAAAGAAAGCCGAUGAUCUAACCCAGAAGCAAGACGAUCCUCCGGAAGACAAGCUGAGGAAAAAGCAAAAUUUAGUUUGCCAAAUCGAACAACCAACCUCUGGAAAGAAAGCCGAUGAUCUAACCCAGAAGCAAGACGAUCCUCCGGAAGACAAGCUGAGGAAAAAGCAAAAUUUAUUUUGCCAAAUCGAACAACCAAUCUCUGGAAAGAAAGCCGAUGAUCUAGUUUGUAUGGCUCUGUGGAUAGACACGCAUACAUUGAAGGGACAUAAUUACAAGACCCAGAAGCAAGACGAUCCUCCGGAAGACAAGCUGAGGGAAAAGCAAAAUUUAGUUUGCCAAAUCGAACAACCAAUCUCUGGAAAGAAAGCCGAUGAUCUAACCCAGAAGCAAGACGAUCCUCCGGAAGACAAGCUGAGCAAAAAGCAAACUUUAUUUUGCCAAAUCGGACAACCAAUCUUUGAAAAGAAAGCCGAUGAUCUAACCCAGAAGCAAGACGAUCCUCCGGAAGACAAGCUGAGAAAAAAGCAAAAUUUAUUUUGCCAAACCGAACAACUAAUCUCUGGAAAGAAAGCCGAUGAUCUAACCCAGAAGCAAGACGAUCCUCCGGAAGACAAGCUGAGGAAAAAGCAAAAUUUAUUUUGCCAAACCGAACAACUAAUCUCUGGAAAGAAAGCCGAUGAUCUAACCCAGAAGCAAGACGAUCCUCCGGAAGACAAGCUGAGGAAAAAGCACAAUUUAGUUUGCCAAAUCGAACAACCAAUCUCUGGAAAGAAAGCCGAUGAUCUAACCCAGAAGCAAGACGAUCCUCCGGAAGACAAGCUGAGGAAAAAGCAAAAUUUAGUUUGCCAAAUCGAACAACCAAUAUCUGGAGAGAAAGCCGAUGAUCUAACCCAGAAGCAAGACGAUCCUCCGGAAGACAAGCUGAGGAGAAAGCAAAAUUUAUUUUGCCAAAUCGAACCAAUCUCUGGAAAGAAAGCCGAUGCUCUAGUUUGUAUGGCUCUGUGGAUAGACACGCAUACAUUGAAGGGACAUAAUUACAAGACCCAGAAGCAAGACUAUCCUCCGGCAGACAAGCUGAGGAAAAAGCAAAAUAUAUUUUGCCAAAUCGAACAACCAAUCUCUGGAAAGAAAGCCGAUGAUCUAACCCAGAAGCAAGACGAUCCUCCGGAAGACAAGCUGAGGAAAAAGCAAAAUUUAUUUUGCCAAAUCGAACCAAUCUCUGGAAAGAAAGCCGAUGAUCUAGUUUAA